AUUGAUGCAAUGUUUGAAACCUGGCUCUAUCACGAAGAUCAAUCGUCUACCUACAGUACAUGCGGAAGUGAAUAAUAUAUCAAUAUUUCUAAAUGCCUGUGAAGAGUUUGGUCUGAAUCGCUCUCAACUAUUUCACUCGAUUGAUCUCCAAGCAUUAUCAAGUCUAGCAAGACAGAGGAAAUUAAUUCAGCAUUUAGAUUUGGGUUACACUCCUGAAGAAAGACGGACAGAAGAAGAACGAAGACUAAAGAAAGUGUGUACGACCCUCUAUUGGCUAGGUAGGGUUGCGGCUCAAAGACAUAACUAUCUUGGACCUCAGUUAAACCUAGAUGAAUUUGCUCCUCUGAUAUUUGGCUUUGCAAGAUCUUCGUACAAGAGCCUAACUAGUUGGAAGUCGAAGCGCAUACAGUACACUUCGACAGAGCGCGAACGCAAGGCUGAAAGAGACGAGGUGGAACAAAACGAAACUCAACGCCAAAGGAGGAAGAGUAAAACAUACCGUGAAAUAGUUGAGGAAAAGGAGAAGCGAGAAAAAGCACUACAAAAAAUUUACAAGAAAAAAGCGAGUGUUGAUGACGAAGAUAUAGAUUAUAUUAUGAAAACGGAUACUAAAUUAAUUAAUAUGUCAGAAGACGAAGAUUCCAGCCCAGAAGAGGAAAACUUCGAACCUCAGACAAGAUAUCGUUCUAACACCCUUCCCAAAAGUUUUGGGAGCCAGUUCAAGGAAGCACCCCCAACAGCUCCAAAACCUGCGACAAGACUAGCGCGCCGUAUCCAAGCUCAUAAAAAGGCGCCGGAGGAGUCCUCUGCUCCUCCUGUCCGAAACAGGCCGAGUGUUAUCGGGCUUUUUGACGAACCUGACGGUGGAAAGAAACCUGAACCAGAGCGUGUGAACGAGCCGAUCGUACAACAACAAUUCAACAGUAUGGAAAAAUCCAAACCGCACGAUUUCCGCGGAAACUUCCAAAGCAAACUAGUGAGUGCUCGGGAGCGUGAACAUGCAGAGAACAGUAAGAAUUCAGUUUGGCAACCGGAAAAGCGCCGCGUUAGUCUGGGAAUAAAAAGCCGCAUGGCUGCUUAUAAUCAGAGUCUGGAUUUAGACUCACAAGUUCCAAAGAAGCCUGAACCAAAGAAAGAUGAUGAGCUUAAGCCUGAAUCAGACAGGGAGCCACUCUGGGUUCGUUUGUUUGCUAAAAACCGACCGUUUAUUGAGAAGACGAUCUCGAUGAGCCAACGCCCCUGCAAUGAAAAGGGAUUCGGGUUCACAUUCAGCGGUGGGUCAGAGGUCAAGAAGCCACCAAUAAUAGAAAAGAUAAAGAAGUAUUCAACAGCAAGUUCCACUGAUAUUCAACCCGGUGAUGUGAUUGUAUCAGUAAAUGGUGACAAAGUAUUGAGUGCAUCUUAUGAGGAGAUUGAGUACAGCAUAAGUCACGCUGUACUCAUAGGAAAAAUGAGUAUUAAAAUCCGCAGAUAUGAUGAGAAUGCAGAUUCAGGAAGUGUACCUCUAGACGAUAACCCAUUCAAGUCAAUGCUAUCUGACGAACCAAUUGUCCCACCAUCAAUGGGAGUAAAGCGGUCAAUAGACAGAAAAAUUGCCACACAUGAGCAACCGGUACGAGAUGUCCCGACAAGUAGGCCAGCGAAAAAAGCUCCAGUCAAGCUACCCGAGACGCGCAAUCAAUACAGACAGCAGAGUUAUUCACCGCCUCUGAACAGAAACCAAAGCAACCAUCAACAAGAUGAGUCGGUGGUGGAUGGCAGAGUCAUUGAAGAGCCCAUGAUCCAGCCACAGAAGAAGGAAUCAAAAACCUUCGCCAGUCAGGAACUCUUUAAACCAAUUGUGGAAGAUGUCUGCCAACAGCAUGUACUGCAUAAAGAUGAGGGCGCUCAAGAUUUAGAUGCGCUAUUUAAUAAGUUAGAGCAAAUUAAAAUUAAGGCUGAAAAAGAAAAGGAUGCGGAUGACGAGCGAAGUAUGAGCGAAACGGAGGCAGAACAGUACGAGGCUGAGAUUAUAGAGCAAAUGCAACGAGAAGCAGAAGCUGAGAGGCAGCGUGAAGAGCGCCACCGAUCUAUUGAGCAGGAUGAAAUGCCUGUUGAAGCUCUUGUAUCCCAUACUGUCAAAAAACCAGAACCAAACCUGAAUUUUGAACGGUUCCAGGAGCACAACAAACCGGUGAGAUCAACAUCGCCGUCGUAUUCAGUCCCGAAACCAUUCAAGACACCAAAGUACCAACCAGUUCCACUGCGUGCUAAGAAAGAUCCCGAGCAGGGGCGCGAGAAACUCACUAAACGAAGAUCAGAUUUCUUCAAUGAAGAAGAUGGUAAAAAUGUAGAAGAUUUAUGGAAACAAGUAGAACAGCAAAGAGAAAAAGAGAAACCCCCUCAACCCACACCUGCCCCCAAGGCAAAUAGAAGAAGCUUCAAUGUGGAUGAAGAACGAAAACGCUUGGAGCGAUGGCAACAAGAACAGGAAAGGUUAAGACAGGAGAGGUAUGCCAAAGACCAAGAGAAACUUAGGCAAGAGAACCAGAAGGCGUUAGAGAGGGCUGCUGAAGAUGAAAAGAGGAAAAAACAAGAGGAAGAGAUGAAAAUAAAUGAAAUGACACAAAAACUUAUUAGUCCUCGUGAAGAAAUUGACCGGUCUGUUGCAGACCAGUUUAUGGAUAAAUUAUUAGAAGAACAGCAAAUUAGAGACAAUGAUGCGCGGUCAGCAAAUGUUACGGCAGAACGGGAAAGACUUGCGAGGCAGCAGCAGGAAGAAGCUUGGGAAAGAGAGAAGCUUCUGAAGGAGAAAGAACUAGAGAGGAAAGCGAGAGAACGUGAAAUUAAAUUAAAAGAAGAGCGAGAAAGAAAAGAGCAGGAGCGAUUGGCACAAGCACGGAGAGAUGAAGAGAUAAGGAAGGAACAUGAAGCAAUGGAACGGAAAUUAAAAGAAGAAAAGGACAGACUAGACAGAAAAUGGAAGGAACUACAGCGAGAAAAGGAAUUGCAAGAGGAGCGGGAACGUCAAGAACGUGAACGACUUGAACAGCUCCGAGCCGAGCAGGAUCGACUACGACAAGAACGUUUUAGGUUAGAGCAGCAACAGCUGGAAGAGAAACGACUUUUAGACCAAGAGAAAGAACGCUUAAUACGACAAACACGCUCAGAGGCGCAGCAGCACCAGCUGCCAAACAAAUCGCAGUAUCGACAGCUAGCUGGGAUCGCCAAGGAACCAAAAGCAAUCGACCGUGAUAACCCUUUUAAAGCCGCUUCUGACAUAGACUCCUUGGAGGACAAAUUUUUACCAAAGGACAGUCAAUCAAAGAAUAACGCACAAAGCUUUGCACGAGAUCGUAAUGACAAUAAAGUGAUACCCGAGAAAGACAGGUCACAGCAAGUAUCUUACAUGUCAAAAUAUAAAGAUCCAAGUAUGCCUCAGAACACCCAUUGGUUGGUUCAGGAAGCCGAACGACGACGUGUUGCUGAUCAGAAGAAGCGCAACCUGGAGUCGCCGACAAACCAAAUCAAAGGUGAUCUUGAUAACGAACCGGUACUAGAGAAAGAAAAAGCAUUCAACGUUGAAAGCGCCAAAACCGUAUUCACCGAGAGUGCACCCAAUCCUAAGUACAUCGAAGACGAGCAGCCGGUACGGAUGAGACCAAAACGGGGAAGCACGAAAGAGUGGCAGGCGAAGAAAGAGAAUAGGCGAUCAAUGCCAACGUUAGAUAGUCAGCUUGAAGAUGAUCCAAGACAGACACAAGAUGAUGCUGAUGUAAUCAGACGUAGUUAUGGUCUCAAUGAUACCUUUGCAGCACCCCCUUCAAGUACUAAUGGACCCCUUCCUGAUGCUGUCAUGCAGACAUUUCCCCAGAAUAAUGUUUCCAAACCAGCCAACACUCAACUUCCAAAACUAGGUCAAGGGUCAGCCUUCCAACCGUUGGGUCAGAAGAAGCAACCGAGGUCAGUGAGUGGUAAAGUGUCAUGUACAAACUGUGCCAAACCCUUAGGCCGAGGGGCUGCUAUGAUAAUUGAAUCGUUGGGACUUCAUUACCAUAUUGACUGUUUCCGGUGUUGUGUGUGUAGUAUUCGUCUUGGUAAUGGAAGCAAAGGUACUGAUGUGAGGAUUAGGGCGUCAAAACUACACUGUCAAAGUUGUUAUAGCAACGAUGCAGGUUUUGAAUUUACUGAAGUUUAAUCAACAAUAAACUCUUCAUGAGAAUGAUGACCAAUUCUAACUUUUAAUUUACAAACUGGUGGAAAAAAAUCUGUUUAGCACUUUUAUGCGGGGUGGAUAGUAGUGAAGAAACCAGCAUCUGAAUUGUACAUAAGAAAUUUAUCAAUGUAAUAUAAAAAUUUAGAUGCUAUUAUUUUGUAGAGAUUGUGUGGUGAAGUUGAAGCUGCAGUAUAGAAAUAAUUGAAAGUGAUUUUUUUUUAAAAGAAAAUAAUAUUCUGUCUCCUAUAUUGAUAAAUAAUUGUGAAAUUGUAUAACAUCCAUUGUCUUCCAUACAUCCCUGCCAACAUAGAAAAGCUCCACAUGGAAAUCUCGCAAUUAAGUAGUAAAAAUCAGAUUUUUUUAUUGUUGUUAAUCAUACUUGUGUAAUUAAAGCGUUGUAAAAGAUUUUACAUUGUAAGUAUCUUGAUCCGAUCUUUAUAAUUAGGUUAUUCAUUGCGGUACACCUGUAAUGCUAUAAAUAUACUAUUAAAGAAUAUCAAUUUAUAUUUGACAAUAACAUGUGACAUGCCUAAAUAUGGUCAUGAUGAC